AGAGUUACGGCUCCGGGUCGGACAUAGCGCUGGUGCUGGACAAGCUUACUGAAUAUUACUCGGGUUUCUACAGAGACCUCAGGGGCGAUGGUAAUAAUGCCGAAGCUCACAGUCAGAUUGUGUUGUGGAACGUGCCAUCUAAUCCGUCUAUUGACAUCAACGACUUCUACAUGAACAUGAAGAACUUCCGUCUGAAUUAUCCAGACGUAUACUUCCUGAUGGUCGGCAAGAGCAAAGGUUCUUACAAUGACAUCCUCCUUGACAUCUCCAAGGACUUCUUCACCAACAACGUCCUCGAGCAAGAAGACUUCGCCACAGUCGUCUCGAAACGCGUCCUCGAGAAUGAUUGGUUCCUCUUUGUGAUAGGUUCCUCCUUGUUUGGUUCCACUCUGUGAUAGGUUCGUCUGUGUUUGGUUCCUUUGAAUUAGGAUCUCUCCUGUGAGGUUCCUUUCUGUGACAGGAUGUCCCUGUGUGGUUCCUCCGUAUUUGGUUCCUCUCUGUGAUAGGUCCCUCCGUGUUUGGUUCCUCUCAGGCGUCGGUUCCUCUCUGGUUGGUCCCUCUAUGUGAUU